AUUAACUUCCGGUGAAAUCGAGGUUUGUUUACGUUUUUUCCCCCAAGAAUCGACAUUGCAUUGCUUAGAGCAUGUUCAGAACUGCGUGUAUAAAUCGAGUAAUUUCAUGCGGGAAAAACUUAAGAUAUAAGUUUCACAAUAAGAAGUAUUGCACAACAGCCGGGGAAAAACAUGUCGCGCGGGGAGAAGACGGAAAAGUAGAUUAUAAUCAGGACAGUGGGGGCGCAUUUGCCUCGGCGAAAAUAGGACGUUUUUUCCAAUGUCCACCACAAGUCGAAAACCAAUAUACUGGAGACGCAGUGCUACAGUCUUACAUACACAGAUACAUCCCUAGUCAAAUUCUCAAACCAAUUGAGGACGACUUGGUCCGAUUUGGAGAACGAGUUGCAACAGAAGUCUACGAACUUGGGCUACAGUGCGAGAGGGAACCCCCUGAGCUGGUUCAGUAUGACGCAUGGGGAAAUCGAGUUGACAAACUCGUAACAAGCCCAGCAUGGAAACGACAGCAUGACAUCGCAGCAGAGGAGGGGCUUAUUGCUACAGCUUAUGAGGAGAAAUAUGGAGAGUGGAGUCGUCUUUACCAGGUAGUGAAGCUGUUCCUUUACUCCCCCUCCUCUGGCCUUUACUCCUGUCCUCUUGCGAUGACAGAUGGAGCAGCACGACUUAUCAAGCAAUUGCCAUCUACGUAUUCCUGGAUCAAGGAUCGUGCUUAUCCCCAUUUAACCUCACGUGACCCGACUCAAUUCUGGACGUCUGGUCAGUGGAUGACAGAACGAAGGGGAGGAUCUGAUGUAGCGUCUGGCACAGAAACCAUAGCGGUACCCCAGAAUGAUGGAAGUUAUCGUCUCCAUGGUUACAAGUGGUUCUCCUCAGCAACAGAUGCUAACAUGACCUUGACACUAGCUAGAGUUGAAGAUCAGGAUGGAAGUGUAACAGAGGGAACACGAGGCCUGAGUUUAUUUUACCUGGAAGUUUAUGAUGCUUUGGGAAAACUGAACAACAUUCAAGUUCAGAAGAUGAAGAACAAACUAGGAACAAGGCAGCUGCCAACGGCAGAGCUACUUCUGGAUGGAGCGGUGGCUUAUAAGAUAUCUGAAGAGGGGCGUGGUGUCGCAGGGAUCUCCAACAUGUUGACCAUCAGCAGAAUCCACAACGCUUUGUCAUCAGUUUCUGCAAUGAGAAGAAUUGUGAGUCUCGCUCGAGAUUAUUCCACUCGGAGAAAGACUUUUGGUGACUAUCUGAAGAACUAUCCACUCCAUGUACAAACACUGGCUCGUUUGGAGGUAGAAAUUCGUGCUGCCACUGUGAUUGUGUUGGAGGUUGCUCGACUACUUGGGAGGGAGGAUACUGGAAUAGCCACUGAUGAAGAGUCUCUUUUGUUAAGAUUACUUACUCCCUUAGCAAAACUUUACACAGCAAAACAGGCCAUGUCUGUAGUCUCUGAAGGCCUGGAGUGUUUUGGGGGUCAGGGUUACAUAGAGGACACAGGACUCCCAGGAUUAUUACGAGAUUCACAGGUACUGCCAAUUUGGGAGGGGACGACCAACAUCUUGUCCCUUGAUGUUUUGAGAGCCAUCUCAAAAUCACAAGGAGAAGUGCUGGUGGCAUUUAACAAUGCUGUGUUGUCCAAGAUUGCCAAGGCAACCCAGACUGACCAACUGAGAGGUCAAGGUCAGAGAGUAGAGGAGGCAACUUCGCAGGUCAUGAACUUCAUAAAGAGGCACCCAGACAAAUUAAAUAUGGCUGCCAGAGACCUUGCAUAUAGUCUGACCAGAAUAUAUAUGGGUGCACUUCUCUUGGACCAUGCUGUAGAAUGCGGUUUGACACAGACAGACAUACAGACAGCCCAGCGGUGGUGUGAGACAGAUCUAUCCCUGGUGGUAACCAAUCACAGCCUUAACCACUACAGCAGCAGGGAGGGCAAUCUCCGCCUGGUGUACCAGAAUUUUGCAGAAAAAUAACUGAUGCCUGGGCAUGAUUUUCCUAUGAUUAGAUUACUUGAUUGCAAAGCAGAGCACAGAGAACAGAGAUGUUAUAGGAAAAGUAUCCGAGAGAAACUUUGAUAAUGAGGUUGCACUGUCAGUGUAUGAAUCAAUAUUUAGAUUCUGUAAAGAUUAUCUAGAGACUCAUUUUCUUUGAUGACGAAUUUCAUUUCUGUUUCAAAAAAAGAGGCUCAUUCCGGUAUUGAUAACUUAAGUCCCCAAUGAUGAGUUCUUUUUAUGAAUAGCAAUUUGACCUGAUUGUUAUGUGAUUGUUAUGUGAUAAGGGUUUUAUUUUGACAUUCAUGUGGGAAUUUGUAGGUGGCAGAAUUUGUUGUGGUAAAUUGUUGAUCAUUCAAAUGAUUGAAGUUACACAGUAUUAUGAUAUGACAACAAAUAUAUAUAUUUCAAUUAAAUUGAAAGUCUACAAAUGCAAACCCAGUACUCUGACACUAGAAUUUUUCAGUUCAGUUUGCCAUAUCUCAGUUUGAAAUUUUGUAUCCUAGUAUCUUUAAAUCACUGAAGCAGAAGCAAUUCCAGGAAUGACCGAUUCACUGUGUCCGUCUGUCAGAUUUCCUUUCAUCCCAUUUUGUAUCUGGGCCAUCUUUUGUAAUAAAUAAAAAAAACCCAUUACAAUCUCAUAUUUCUGAGAAAGGUUUGCUUAUGACCAGAUAAUGUACAAUAACCAUGGAUGAAGGUCAUUUGACUGAGGUGAAGGUAACUAGUAAGAAUAAUAAUCUAGAAAUAUUUGUUCAGGUCUCAACUCUUGAGAGACAUCAGAAGCUCAUAUUUGGCAUAAAGAAUGCUUGUGAACAAGACGAUAUGCAUUUAUUUCAGUCAAGGUCAUUUGAUCAAGCUUUUUAACUUGUAAAAUUUAAAACUCUGUACAUGUUACAAACAUUACCCAAGCAGAAUACCCUAUUGUUGAAGAACAACCUCCUCAGUAAUCAGGUGUUGGAAAAUAAAAUUGCAGCCCUUCAGUCUCAGUUUUGAUCUUCUAACAAAAAUCUGUGACCUUGGGGGGGGGGUAGGAAAUGUUAUUAUCCCGACUGAAAGAAAUGCUUUUUACUUGGAUAAUUCAUGUAAUUGUUUUAGUAUAAACCUGAUGAAAGCUUACAAAACUACAAAAUUGGAUGCUGUCAGUGUUCGUUGCAAAGCAGUUUUUACAUUGAUUGGAAAUUCUAAAACGUCAAAUGAAAAAAUAUUUAUUCUUUAUUCAUCUGGAUUUGAGAAAUGCAAUGCAUAUUUAAAAAAAAAAUUCUAACAAAAUAGAAUAUAUUUACUGUAUAUUUAUUACAAUGUGUACAUGUAUUGUACAGAUACAAACUUUGUAUUUGGCAUUAUUAUCAUCGAACAUGAUGUUGUGUUCUUAGCAUUUGUUAUAUUAUGAAAUUAAGAAAUUAUAAAGUAAUGUAAAUACUC